AGAGGUGAACAUUGAAAUAGAGACCCCCUGUGACUUGUGAAGAUGACUGCUGUUUCUGUCCCGCUUAUACCUGUAUGACUGAACAGUAUUACUAAGUUUUCUGCAUUGUUCAAAUGUGUUCUGUCAGAAUAUGUUGCAGUUCAAGCAAAGGGCCAGGUCUUCUCCAUUGACCUAUUAUGGGAACAUCCCAGUCGGACAGCAUGGAGCAAACAAUGACAGACGAUGCAUGGGAAGGGACUCCAAUUUUCACUGGAAGUCUGAGGCCAAUUACAUUUACUACAUUGCGGAUGAAGAUGAUGAUGUAGAGGAACUGAGGUGGUCAGAAAGAGAAGAAGAAAGGCUAGAUGGAUGGAAGAAACAAUUUAUUGCAGCACAUUUAGACGGUAACUUCUACGAAGAUGAUCAGGAAAGCUACUUAUUGUCACCUUCGCAUUUUGGGAAUGUAAGGAGCAAUUUGUUGAACAUAAACGUAGGAGGAACCAGCUUUCAAAUCUCUUACACAAUAGCAGCCAGCUAUCCAAAGACACGUAUAGGUCGAUUGGCUACAUACACAGACUGCCAACGUAAGUUAGAUUUGUGUGAUGAUUAUAGUCCGGCGGAAGAUGUCUACUUUUUUGAUCGGGAUCCUGCUGUAUUUGAGCACAUCUAUAAUUUCUAUCGUACCGGGGUCUUGUGGAUAAGAGAUGAAUUGUGCCCCAGAAGUUUUCUGGAGGAAAUCAACUACUGGGGGGUAAGGAUCAAGCAUACGCCACGUUGUUGCCGAAUCUCAUUUGAAGAGAGGCAAGAUGAGCUGAAUGAGCAACUAAAGAUCCAAAAGGAGCUGAGAGCUGAAAUGGAAACAGAGGAAAAUGAGGAACUUUUCCGAGGGAUGCUCUAUGGCAACAUGAGGUGUCGAAUCUGGAACCUUAUGGAAAAACCCUUUUCAUCAAUCACAGCAAAGGCAAUGGCCGUAGCAUCCAGUUUUUUUGUUCUUAUAUCUGUUGUGGCAAUGACACUAAACACUGUAGAAGACAUGCAGUAUAAAAAUGCGUCUGGCCUUCCCAGUGGCAGGCCCUAUCUUGAACACGUAGAGACAGUGUGCAUCACCUUCUUUACUUUGGAGUAUAUACUACGACUCAUUUCCUCCCCAGACCCACGCAGAUUUAUACGCAGCGUCCUUAAUGCUGUAGACAUGAUCGCCAUAUUACCACUUUACUUACAGCUGCUUCUUGAGAAGUUUGCUGAUGAGGAUGAAAAUGGUAAAAGGUCCAGUCACGAACAAGAGAUUGAAGCAGUAGUGCGAGUUGGAAAACUCGGUCAAGUUCUAAGGAUCAUGAGGCUCAUGCGUAUAUUUCGUAUCUUGAAACUGGCACGACAUUCCACUGGGCUUAGGGCUUUUGGAUUUACUCUCCGACAGUGCUAUCAGCAGGUUGGGUGCCUGCUUCUUUUCAUUGCCAUGGGCAUUUUCUCUUUUUCUGCAAUGGUAUAUACAGUGGAGCAUGAUGUGGCUGGCACCAACUUCACCAGCAUUCCUCACGCCUGGUGGUGGGCAGCAGUCAGCAUCUCCACCGUAGGAUAUGGAGACACAUAUCCGGAAACCCACCUUGGGCGACUGUUCGCUUUCCUCUGCAUUGCUUUUGGGAUCAUUCUAAAUGGGAUGCCUAUCUCAAUCUUAUAUAACAAGUUUUCUGACUAUUACAGCAAGCUAAAGUCUUAUGAAUAUACAACCAUACGGAAGAAAAGAGGAAAAGUAGAUUUUACUGGCAGAGCUAUGAAGAAGAUGUCAGAGUGUUGCACUAGCACAUCAACACAACCUCUUCCUGGCCACAGUCAUUGAUGACACCUUCUAGCAAGACUGCAAAAGACAGGCUAUAUGUAACGAUUAUAUCUAUAUACUGUAUAUGCUACUUAGUACAACUGUAAAUUAUGUACACAAAUUAGCUAAUAAAGGCCAGUUGAUAAUACAUGAUAUAUUUUGGUGACAUUUUGCUUAAUUAUAUUAUGUGCUUGUUUUCAGGCCUACAUGUCAA